AUGUCUAAUACUAGCUUUGAUUCCAAAAAUAUGAAGUCAGAUCCACAUACACUAUCAGAAAUAGAAAUAGAAACAGGUUAUGAUAAACAUCAAGGAGAACUAAUAUCAGAUGAAAAACCAGAUUUAUCACCAUCAAACAUCACAAAGUAUUUCCUUUCAAGAGUACCAUCAUUAUUUGUGAUAAAAUCAACAAAUCUACAUGAUUUGAAUCCAGUAAAUGGGUUGAAUGGUAUGACACUAAGAAAUUGGAAUUAUUUCUUCCUAGGAAUGGUUGGUUGGUUAUCAGCUUCAUUUGAUUUUUUUUGUACAUCAGUUGCAGGUACUAAAAUUGCUAAAGAUCUUGGAGUAUCUACCAGUGAUAUAACUUGGGGUCUUGCCACCGUAUUGAUGGUUCGUUCAGCUGGAGCUAUUGUGUUUGGUAUUUGGACUGAUAAUUAUUCAAGAAAAUGGCCUUUCAUUGCUUGUUGUGGGAUGUUUGUUGUUAUUCAAAUCGGUACAGGUUUUGUAACAAGUUAUGAACAGUUUCUAGCAUGUCGUGCUCUUAGUGGUGUUGCAAUGGGCGGAAUGUAUGCUCCAUCAGCAGCUACAUCUUUAGAUGAUACUCCAGUAAAGGCAAGAUCUUUCUUAUCAGGAUUGUUCUAUACGGCUUAUACUUUGGGAUUUUUGUUUGCAAAUGUUUUUUGGAGAGUUUUCCAAGAUACAAAAUAUAAUUGGAGAGCUUUAUUUUGGUUUUCAGGUGGUGUAGCUGCUUUAUUAAUAUUAUGGAGACUAUUUUUCCCAGAGACCAAGUAUUUUCAGAAAUGUCAAAAGGCCAAAGAAUUGAUUAAACAAGAGCAGAUUGAUUCAAGAACUUAUGUCAAACCAACUGUACGCUCUAGCUUGAUGAACUUUGGUGAAUUGAUCCAAAAACAUUGGAUCAUGUUUAUUUAUUUGAUUUUAUUAAUGGCUGGUCCAAAUUUCACAACUCACUCUUCCCAGGAUCUUUAUCCAUCAAUGUUGAGACAACAACUUGGGUUUUCUGAGAAUUCAAUAACUAUAACAAUCGUCAUUACACAGAUAGGUGCUUGUAUUGGAUCAUUAUUUGUUGGUAUUAUUAUGGAAAUAGUCGGAAGAAGAACAUCAAUUGUGAUUUGUUGUACAUUAGCUGGGUGUUUCAUUUAUCCAGCCUGGAUGAUUCGAAGUACAUCAGCUGUUAUUGGUGGAGGGUUUGCAGUGUUUUUUGCAGUUAUGGGAGUCUGGGGUGCUAUACCAGUUCAUCUUUCAGAGUUAUCACCACCAGAUGCUAGAGCAUUGUUUUCAGGGUUAAGUUAUCAAUUGGGUAAUUUGGCUAGUAGUGCGGCUUCCACAAUUGAAACUAAUUUAGGUGAUAAAUACCCUUUAGAGACUAAUUCCAGUGGGGAUGUUAUCAAAUAUGAUUAUGCUAAGGUUAUGAGCAUAAUGGCUGGUGCUUGUGCUACGUACACGUUGUUUAUUACGUUAUUAGGACCUGAAUAUUUCCAUAGAGACUUAUCAUCCCCUGUUAUGAAGAGAUACUUAGAGAAAGUUGAUGAAAUGGAAUUGGUUGACAUUGAGCGUGAUGUAAUUGAAGGUGAAAGUAGAGAGAUGGAUAGUGUAACAGUUGAGAAUAUUAAGUCUUGA